GCGCCGGUCGAGAGGUGUCGGCGGCGAGGGGAGGGAAGGGAAGUUUCAAGUGGAAGGUCGUCCGCCGGCCGGCGCGUCUUCUCGCUCUCCUCCGGCAGCAUCAUGGCGGAGCCGAGCGGCUCUCCCGUGCACGUCCAGCAGCCCCAGCAGGCGGCCCCGGUGACACCGGCGGCGGCGGCGGCCCCGGCGACCGCGACAGCAGCGCCGGCUCCGGUGGCGCCCGUGGCCCCAGCCCCGGCGGCGCAGGCGGUCGGCUGGCCCAUCUGUAGGGACGCGUACGAGCUGCAGGAGGUUAUCGGCAGUGGCGCUACAGCUGUGGUUCAGGCUGCUCUAUGUAAACCCAGGCAAGAACGUGUAGCAAUAAAGCGGAUCAACUUGGAAAAAUGCCAGACCAGCAUGGAUGAACUAUUAAAAGAAAUUCAAGCCAUGAGUCAGUGCAGCCAUCCCAACGUAGUGACCUAUUACACCUCUUUUGUGGUAAAAGAUGAACUUUGGCUGGUCAUGAAAUUACUAAGUGGAGGUUCAAUGUUGGAUAUCAUAAAAUACAUCAUUAACCGAGGAGAACACAAGAACGGAGUUCUGGAAGAGGCAAUAAUAGCAACAAUUCUUAAAGAGGUUUUGGAAGGCUUAGACUAUCUACACAGAAAUGGUCAGAUUCACAGGGAUUUGAAAGCUGGUAAUAUUCUUCUGGGUGAGGAUGGCUCAGUACAAAUAGCAGAUUUUGGGGUAAGUGCUUUCUUAGCAACCGGGGGUGAUGUUACCCGGAAUAAAGUAAGAAAAACAUUUGUUGGCACCCCGUGUUGGAUGGCCCCUGAAGUCAUGGAACAGGUGAGAGGCUAUGACUUCAAGGCUGACAUGUGGAGUUUUGGAAUAACUGCCAUUGAACUAGCCACAGGAGCAGCGCCUUAUCACAAAUAUCCUCCUAUGAAAGUGUUGAUGUUGACUUUGCAAAAUGAUCCACCCACUUUAGAAACAGGAAUAGAGGAUAAGGAGAUGAUGAAAAAGUACGGCAAGUCCUUUAGAAAAUUACUUUCACUGUGUCUUCAGAAAGAUCCCUCCAAAAGGCCCACAGCAGCAGAACUUUUAAAAUGCAAAUUCUUCCAGAAAGCCAAGAACAGAGAGUACCUGAUUGAGAAGCUGCUUACAAGAACACCAGACAUAGCCCAAAGAGCCAAAAAGGUGAGAAGAGUUCCGGGGUCAAGCGGUCACCUUCAUAAAACCGAAGACGGUGACUGGGAGUGGAGUGACGACGAGAUGGAUGAAAAAAGUGAAGAAGGGAAAGCAGCUUUUUCGCAAGAAAAGUCACGAAGAGUAAAAGAAGAAAAUCCAGAGAUCGCGGUGAACGCCAGCAGCAUACCCAAGCAGAUACAGUCCCUGUCUGUGCAGGACUCUCAGGGCUUACUCAAUGCUAGUGAAGACUACAGAGAAGCUUCUUGUGCCGUGAACCUAGUUUUAAGAUUAAGGAACUCCAGAAAGGAACUUAAUGAUAUACGAUUUGAGUUUACUCCAGGAAGAGAUACGGCAGACGGCGUUUCUCAGGAGCUCUUCUCUGCUGGCUUAGUCGAUGGUCAUGAUGUAGUUAUAGUGGCUGCUAAUUUACAGAAGAUUGUAGAUGAUCCCAAAGCUUUAAAAACAUUGACAUUUAAGUUGGCUUCUGGCUGUGAUGGGUCGGAGAUUCCCGACGAAGUGAAGCUGAUUGGGUUUGCUCAGUUGAGUGUCAGCUGAUGUCUGUCACUUGAUGUCACCCUGAUCUGCCAUGCCUCCCCCUCGCUGUGCCCUCCCCCCAACCUUUCCCUCCCCUGCCACUUCCUCCCACCCCCUAGCAAAAUCAGAGGAUUGUGAAGAGGCCGGCUUCAACAUAACGGGAUAAAAAAGAAUUUUUUUAAACUUAACAA